AUGUGGUUAUGUGAGCGCUUCGGACACCUGAGAAGCAAUUUGACCGCCACUUCAGCGCCGGUCGACUCAAACACACGAUACACGCCGUCAGUGACGGCCAUAAGUAAUGGUAAACGAACCUGGAGUUACAAAUACAUCAAUGGCUAUAUGUGGAUAUAUCCAUUAUUUGUGAAAGGCGUGCAAAAUAAUGGUUUGGAUUUUGCGGACAUGUGUCGGUGCUCUCAAUACGACGCCUCCAAGUAUUUGGAAUGUGUAAUUCGAACGGCACAGCCAUUACUACUCGGAUAUGUACUUGAUUAUUUUGCAGGCGUUGAUCAUAUAAGAUAUGACCAUGCUUGUAUGGCUGCCGUGGGUGUGUGUCUGUGCAACUUAUUAUACGUAAUGUUUUAUUCGGCCACUUCGACACGUUUUGUACAAUUGGGAAUGCGCGCCCGUACGCCAUGCUGUGCACUUAUAUAUAAAAAGUCACUUAAACUAAACCAGUUAUCAAUGGGAAAGACAACUGUGGGUCAUAUUAUUAACCUACUGUCUAAUGAUGCGAGUCGAUUUGAUUAUGUACAGCUCCACUAUACGCCAACGGCCAUCGUUACAUAUAUAAUGUACACAUAUAUGGGAUGGUCAAGCAUGGUGCCAGUUGGUUUAAUAAUUUUACUUAUUGCAUUUCAAUUCACUAUGGGCAACAUGUUUUCAAAAUUUAGAUUAAUGACCGCAAAGCUCACUGACACUAGGCUGCAAUAUAUGGUUGAGAUCAUAUCAGGUAUGCGUAUCGUUAAAAUGUAUUCCUGGGAACAGUCCUUCGCAGACCUCGUGGCUGAGACACGAAAACAGGAAGUGUCGUAUUUACAGAAAUCUUGCUUUUUAAAGGCAAUCAACAUGUCGAUGUAUAGUAUGGCAACCAAGUUGAUUUUAUUUGCAACUUUUAUUACCUUGGUACUCACUGGUAGUGUACUGAACGCUAAGACUGUAUUUGUAUCGAUGGUGCUAUUAGACUCUGUAAGAGACAAUAUGACAUGGUGGUUUCCACUAUCAAUUGCUUGUGGCGCCGAGUUAUUAGUUUCAUGUGACAGAAUUGAAAAAUUUUUACAAUUAGAAGAAACACAAAUAAAAUCCAUUCAAAACCCAAAUAAUUCAUGUAAUAGUGAAACAAAUGGCAAACAAUCGCCCGAAAUGUCCAUUAAUAACAUAACCGCCAAAUGGAGUGAAGAAAGUCCGUAUCCAACCCUUCAGAAUAUUUCGCUACAUUUAAGACCCGGAGAUUUAUUGGCUGUUAUCGGACCGGUCGGGGCGGGAAAGAGCUCACUUUUGAUGACAAUUUUGAAAGAACUGCCGCUUCUGUCGGGGAGUAUAGAAACUGUGGGAUCGAUAAGCUAUGCCUCACAGGAGUCCUGGAGUUUCAACACUAGUGUCCGAAAUAAUAUACUUUUUGGUAAACAAUUUAGCGAAUCCCGGUAUAAUCGAGUGGUAGAGGUGUGCGCUUUGGAGCGAGACUUUGAGAGAUUCCCGUUCGGAGACAAGACAUUAGUCGGUGAGAGAGGACUACAGUUGUCGGGCGGACAGAAGGCCCGCAUAGGGUUAGCCAGAGCUCUGUAUCGAAACUCUGACAUUAUAUUAAUGGACGACCCGUUGAGUGCUGUCGACACUAGUGUUGCCGAACAUAUAUUUGAUAAGUAA